UCAAUCUAUGUGUUGCUUAAAUACAAUUUACAGUGAACGCUUGUUCGACAAUAUUAUUGAAAAGUGAUGGCCGUCUAAAGCUGAAACUUAAAACUAAUUAGCGGUACGUUUUUUGUAAAUGACCAAUCAAUUUUGUAACUUGGCUCAUUACUAUGUCGGCUGUUAAUGUAUUGUAGACAUCUGACAUGCUCGUUGUGUUCUUGGGAUGUUUUUUAUUGUACUUUUAAGUAUCGACUCGCUAUGAUAUGUGAUCGGACGUAGAAAACUUAACGCCAGUGAAACAUCUCUUGAUAAUAUGAGCGAUCAAUUUGAUCUCAACAUCGAUGAUCCCCGCUUCAGAAUUACACCCGUGCAACAAAUGGCCGCUUCUUGUACCGGAGCUUUAACCACUUCACUACUGGUUACACCGUUAGACGUCAUUAAGGUACGUUUGCAAGCUCAAACUAGAAUCACAGCUAAAAAGAAAUGUUUCUUUUAUUCAAACGGUUUAAUGGAUCACAUUUGUCCGUGUGACAUAUUAAAAAAAAGUCCCAACAAUGGCCCAUAUUACAGAAAUGUGCAAUGGUAUGACAGACCCAGUCAUUUUAAUGGUACAAUUGAUGCUUUCAGACAAAUAAUCAGAAACGAAGGGACCAUGUCGUUAUGGAGUGGUUUAAGUCCCACACUAAUACUUGCAUUACCAGCUACUAUUGUAUACUUUGUGUCGUACGAACAAAUACGAUGUCGACUUGUUGAUUUGAUAAGCUUAAAGUAUCAGUCAAAUAUUGAUCAAAACCAGCUAUUAUGGAUAUCGGCUGCAUCGGGUUGUAUUGCUCGGUUUGGAGCAGCCACUACGGUUAGUCCGUUAGAACUUGUGCGCACUAAAAUGCAGUCAAAGAGACUUAGUUACCUCGAAGUACACGAGGCGUUAAAAAGUCUUCUACACUACCACGGAUAUAAAGGUCUGUGGAAAGGUCUCGGGUCAACUUUACUCAGGGAUGUUCCGUUUUCUGGAAUUUAUUGGUUGACGUACGAAAAAAUUAAACAGUUAUCUGGGAAACAAACCACGUUCAUGUACAAUUUUUUAGCUGGAAUGAUAGCUGGCGCGUUUGCUUCAGCAGUAACAACACCUUUCGACGUUGUUAAAACUAUUAGACAAAUCGAGUUAGCUGAGAAAGAAAUCAUAGCAGUUACAAUAGAGCCACCAGGAAAAGCGCCAUAUUCAACGUUUAAAACACUUGGAGACAUAUACCACAGGAAUGGCGUACGUGCAAUAUUUAGUGGCCUAACUCCUCGGAUAAUCAAAGUAGCACCAGCGUGUGCAAUAAUGGUAUCUACGUUUGAAUACGGAAAGAUGUUUUUCCAAAAUAGAAAUAUGCAAUAUUACAGAGGUAUUUCAACAGUUUCAAGGAAAUGGAUAUUUCAUUAUUUUCUGAAAAAGAUUUUAAUCAUAAUUUAAGUGUGACAAACGUACCGGGAAAACGUUCGGCUGGCCGUGUUGGCUGCACUGAUGCCGAACUGACGCCA